AUCUCAUCUCCUGUAUACAUCGCGUUCACCUCGGGCUUCAGCGAGGGAAGCUCACUCGACUCCGCGCAAGCGAGGAAGGCGACCUCUUACUUUGCAGCGAAUAUAUAGUCAAAGGAACAUGGCGCGUUGAAGUCGAAUAUAAGAAUGCGAGCAUGAAUACGGCUAAAUAUGUCAAGGAAAUCUACGUAGCGCCUGGUUUGUUGACCAGAAAGUAACGACUGGACAAGCAAACACGCCAAGGUCCGAAGAAAAACAAGUAACAUAACGUAAAUUCAGCGGCCAGUCCAGCUUGGCGGUAUUUGUGCUACUUUGGUACCAGUUUUACGCACAGAAAUGGACCGAGGUGGCUGCCAAAUGAAUGGCGGGGGUGGUGGUGGUGGUUUUGACAGCAGCGGGCCCGACAACAGCGGGAUGAUCACACUGGAGGACCUGGAGUCUUUCUCGGAAGACCAGCUGUCAGACUCGGGCAACGGCAGCCUGGAAGAGAGAGACACCAUGGAGGAGGAGGAAGAGUCCGGCCGACUGCUGCAAUACUGGCAGGACGUAGCGAGGGGACACCAGGUGGAAGUAGCUCAAGAAAUGGCAGAGCCAAUUCAACAGCUAACCACCAACAACCAAGGACACAGUAGCAGAGAACAUAUCCAAUUUACUCUGCUCGCACGCAAAGAAAAGUGUGGGGAGCUGCUGUACGAGAAACGCAACUACAAGAAGGGCCACUGGGCUUGUAUAACGAUGCGUGAGGACACUUAUGAGCAGAGCAUCUGCUAUGGUUUUAUGAAGAUAAUGAGAUACAUCUGCCAGCAGAACUCCUUGGAAGACUACCUCGGCAUGACACUGCCCAUCGUCACAGUGGUGCGCACAGAUGAGAAUCGAUCUGUGAUCUCCCAUGAUGUCACUGUGGCGUAUUUUCUUCCCGCUGAGCAUCAGGCCCAGCCACCACAACCUAAUGACAACGACAUCACCAUAGAGAUCUGGCCCGCCACUACCGUAUACUCAAGGCCCUUUACCGGUCCCACCAAUGAAGUGACCAUCGUUCAUCAGAUCAAUGCCAUGGCUGAGCAUUUAGACCUCCCUGGCGAGUGCAUCAACGACUCCUUCAUCGUGGCCGGGUACACCAACCCUGCUCACAACAACCGCCAGAAUGAGAUAUGGUUCCUAGAGCGGUGCUGAGGGACGGGAGAAGAUUAAGCUUCAUCUUAUCUGUGACCCUCGAGCCUCAUAAAGACUCCCUUAACACUGCCGCAGCUCAGAUACAGCCUCAGGUUGAGGUGCAACCCAGUCUUUAGUCGCCACCUCUACCUGAAACGACCACCAGCCCAGCACACUCCAGACCAGUUGGGGCCAGAAAAAAAAAAAACCUCAGCCCUUACUCUACCCUCAGUGAAUUUUUCAUGUUCAUUAAGAUCCCAAUUUCACCCAUAAGAGCUAAACCAAACCACUGCCAUACCCUUCAUGGACACAACACAGAUAUAAAGGUGCAGUAUUAGCCUUUGCUCUUACAUUGAGGUGGCAAAAAACCUUUCCUAAGAACAGUGCCCUGUGGUUGAAAUAGUUUAAACUCCAAGCGCUGCGUAAACACAUGCAACGGUCUGUCUUUCCACAGCGGAGGCAGGUUCCCAGAGGACAUGCACCCUUAUCAUGCUCCCCUUUCUGUUUGUUGCAAAGCUACAAUGUGUUGUCAUGUGUGGUGAAAGUCAAUGCACAACAAACACAAACAAAUGUGUGAAAAGGUGAUUUCAACUAUACCACUGUUUAUUUGCUGUCUCUUUUAUCUCUUGAAUACAUGAUUCACAACAAUGUGUUGCCAGUCACAAUGAAAUGCUAUAUUGUUUUAUUAGUAUGUACAAUAUUUACCACCAAUAAAUGAACAGUUGCUGGGCCACUUACCCAAUGUAUGGGUAAAUGAAGCUGCAGACAACACAACCGGAUAGACAACAACCAGGGUAGAACUGGAGGCUUCAACCCUAAAUAAGCUCAACACAACAGGACACACUAAUGACAACACAUCUACUGUGUUUGUUUGAGCAUGAAUGUACAGCUAUAAGUAGGGUGAAAACGAAUGACACACUUCUAUAAACCAAACACUGAAAAAUUCACUGAUUUUACAGCCGAAUGACAAUCAACGCACUCAAUAAAUACAUCCUUCGCUUUCAAGCAAAUUAUGCAAGUAAAUGCAUUCCUUCACAAAUCUAUUCACAUACAAUGGUUAUUAUGUACUUCUUAUGCUCUUUCUAUUUGCUACUCUGUGUUUAGUGUCUCUGCAUUCACUGCUGAAUUGCAAACACCACUGCUGCUGAGUAGAGACAAUGCAACGAGUGAAGAGAAUAUCUUUACUGUGAUUAUACACUUUAUGAUGAAUAGAAGCUCAAUUCUGUUAUAGUUCAAAUCAAACUGUUUAAUCUAAAGAGAGUAUAUAAUGUCAGACAUAAGGAUAUAUGUUUAUCUGCAUCAUAUUUUAAAUUCAAAUCUAAUGCAAUCCAACACAAAGUGAUACACAUCAAACCAGCUACACCUAGAGUUCACAGUAAUAUAGGCAUGUUUCUGCUGAGGAAAUUUACAUUUACUGCUUGGGUGCCAGUCAAAUAAAACUGGAAGUGAACAAGCCAAAUCAUCACUGUGUGAUUCACCAGGACAGGGACAUCCUAUGAAAUGCUUCUGCGGUCAGUUACUGAGGCCAAAUUGUGAGGAGGUUUGAUUCAUCUUAUUUAAUCCACAUAACAAUGCAAAACAAAGAUAUUAAGAAAGUUAAUGUUGGGUUGGGAAGGUGGCCCGGUCUUAAAGUCAGGCUUUGGUUGAAGAUAUCCAAAUCCAAAGAAUUUAUUUAGCAGUAAAUGAUUGUAUAGUUGACUUGCAAAGCCAUGAUUAUUGUGAGUGGGUUUUCCCUUUAAGAGCCUGGUUAUAUGGGAACAUCAAGUGUGAGUUUUUCCUUUCUGUUUGCUGUUUUUUUAGUGUUUCGCUAAAGUGUGCUGUACUAUGAAAAAUCAAGCGCAACAGCAAGAGCUACUGUGGUUUUCUUUGUUCAAUAAAAACGUACCCGUCUCCUGUGUUUUGAAAUGUA